UCUGACUUACGUCAGUGGGUGUUUCGGACGGCGGCCAUUAUUCUACGUAUAAUUAUUAAUUUUUUUGCUGUUUUGUGCUAGAAACAAAGAACGUAACUAUUUUCGACAUAUUCUAUAAUAUUAUAGUUUUGGAAAAAAUACAUUUAUAGUACAAACAUGAAUCCAGAAUACGAUUAUUUGUUCAAACUACUCCUGAUUGGUGACUCUGGUGUUGGCAAGUCAUGUCUGCUGCUCAGGUUCGCCGACGACACCUACACAGAGAGCUACAUCAGCACUAUUGGUGUGGACUUUAAAAUUAGGACUGUAGACUUAGACGGCAAGACAAUAAAGUUACAAAUAUGGGACACAGCUGGACAGGAGCGGUUUAGAACAAUCACUUCAUCAUACUACAGAGGAGCACACGGAAUUAUCAUUGUUUAUGAUUGCACAGACCAGGAUUCAUUCAGCAACGUGAAGCAAUGGCUGGAGGAGAUCGACCGCUACGCAUGCGACAAUGUCAACAAGCUGCUGGUCGGCAACAAGUGUGAUCUCACCACCAAGAAAGUCGUCGACUACACCACAGCCAACCAAUAUGCGGAGCAACUAGGCAUUCCGUUCUUGGAGACGUCAGCGAAGAACUCUACGAAUGUGGAGCAGGCGUUCAUGACGAUGGCAGCGGAGAUCAAGACCCGCGUGGGCCCGCCCUCCACCGGCGCCGCGCCUGUCGGCGGACAGGUCAAGAUCGACCAGGGACACCCUAUCGACACCGGCAAGUCUUCUUGCUGCUGAAUACGCCGCCUACGGCUGGCGGCAAGACGUACGGGAAGCGGGAGUCGCGGGCGCCGGCCGCCACCCCUACACACAAGAAAUGCAAUUACCACAAAACGUUUCAUCAUCGCAUCAUAUUGAUAUAAUUAUAAAUAAUAUUAUGUAGAGCCGCGCCGGCCACACUCGGCGCGGCUCCUAAGCUAACUUCUGUUAAGUUGCUACUGUCCGAUAUCUUGUUAGUUGAAACAGGUGAAAUGGAAGGGUGUAUGUUUAUACAUGUUUAUAUAUAAUGAAUAUUGUAGGUUAAUUUUGUGCUGUUUCCACUAUAAGAAUUUUGAUGGAGGUUCAAAUAACUGAGAGCCAAUGUAGAUUGUAUGAGAGGGAAAAUUCACAAGAUUUAUAUGAUUAUUGUAAUGUAAACAUUUAUUUUAGAGCUUUGUCUACUGUUUCCGUGCGUCGCUCGCGCACUACGUCACUGGCGGCACGUCGCCGGUUGCUUGGUAGCGUCACCUAGUGUAAGAGAGAGACUUGUCGUGUUCAGCUUGCUUGUGAUGUGCUCGUGGGCUUGCGUGGCGUAGUGUCCGACCGUACAUGAGUUUAUCUCUCAAGCUGUCCAUUACCAAGUGUAGGCUAAUUUCCGUUUAUUUCAGCUUGUGUUAAAUUUAAUUUCUCGUCACUUGAGGUACUAAUAAACCUUAUUGUAUGCACUGGGUGUUUAUAUUAUUCGUUCUGUAUAGCAUAAGCUGGUAUUGUGUGGGAGAUCGCCAUGAAUUAUCUAUUGUAACAUGUUAUUAACUACUCCAGGAAUGUCGGCACGUUUCAGAAUGGGACCAUUACGUUAUUGCGAUGGCCGCAGUUUGCAUUUGUCGCCAUCAACCUAUCGCCUUCGCAACCCGCAGAGUUUACGUCGCAAACUUACAAGUUUUAUAUGUUUUUAUCUCCCACACAAUAGCAGCGUAUAAACCACAAUGUAUUUAUGUACGGCGUACUGGAGUUACGCUAUAUAAACAUUUUGUGUUGAUAUAUUUAACUGGAUCGCGAAUUGUAACACAAAAUUGUAGAUAUAGCAUAUUGGCCUUAGAUAAUUAGACAGAUACUUAUAUUAAACUUGUAGCCAUCGAAGCGGGAUCAUAGUAUUAAUAAAAGACAAAUAUUCAUAUAUCACUCUCACAGCAAUUUGUGAUAAUUUUAAAUUUUAACGACCAGUCCAAUGUUUCACCUAUUAGGAUAGUCCCACUCAAUGUUUUCGUCCCUAUUUUUCACUUAAAUUGUUAAGAGAAUUAGGUAAAUGAUAUGAAUUUAAUACUAAUAUAUGAAACAUUAGACUAUAAAUGGUAUAAAUUAUUUGAUUCUCUCGUCCUAUGUACUAACUUGGUUUGUCAUUAUUUUUGUACUAUUAUGUCAGAGUUAAGUUUACUUAAAUCAAGACCGCUAACCCCCUGUAAUUUCUGUAUUGAGGGUUUCUUAGAAAUUAAAACAGUAUGCUAUA